AUGGGGGACACCGUGCUCAGGCUGAAUAUUGACCAGUCCAGAGUGAUGGAUCACGGCACCAAGCAGACGAAGAAGAAAGGGGUGCGGGUUCCGGGCCCGUCGGACAGGCAGCUUCAGUCUGCGCCCAAACUGGAUGUGUCACGUAUUGAUUUAAUUAAAGUCAGAUUGCCCUUUGAUUCGGUAGUUGUGAACCUGUCAGCUGAUAUAUGGGUAUUUUUUAGUACUCCAUUAGUGUGUGUUGUAGUAGGUAGUUCAGCCCAGCACGUCACGAUAUCGGUCCAGCAUCCUUGGAUGGAUGGGUCCCUGUGCUUUUCGUUUGUGCACGCCAAAUGCUCCUUGGGGGAGCGGAGGGUGCUGUGGCAAGACUUAAAGGCCGAUAAGCCCAGCUCGAGGCCGUGGUGCGUGUGCGGAGAUUUUAAUGUCAUUGCGGACCCAAGUGAGAAGCGAGGAGGUAGGCCUUUCGCAGGAUCUGAGGGGUUGGAGUUAUUGUCAUUCAUGGAGGGGGCCGAAUUGUUUGAUGCGGGGUUCUCGGGAUCCAGUUUCACUUGGUGUAAUAACCGGAGAGGGCACACACGUAUCUGGAAGAGACUGGACAGGGUGCUAAUCAAUGGUGAGUUUUCUGAGAGUGCUCCGUCUAUCUCGGUGGUCCACUUGGCCCGUCAUCCAUCGGAUCAUGCGCCGCUGAAGAUCUCGCUGACAUCGCGAAUGGACAACAGGCCGAGGGCAUUCCGGUUUUUAAAUGUUUGGACGUCGAAUCCAGGAUUGUUGGAUGUAAUUCGCCAGGCUUGGCAAGCAGAGACCUCGGGCUCCCCGUUAAAGAUACUAUGCUCCAAGCUGUUGCGUGCCAGGCGUGCCAUCCAGGGCUGGAAUAAGGGAGGUUUUGGGAAUGUGUUUGAGGUUGUUAAGCGGGCGGAAGCCAAUGUGCUAGUAGCAGAGGCCCGCACGGAGCAGGAUGACUCGAUGGAGGCGCAGCAACGGAGGGUGCAGGGUGCGAUUCAUAGAGUGAAGGAUGAGAAUGGCAUAUGGGUUGAAGAUGACGAAGGGAUCGCCAAUGAGGCUGUGCGAUUCUUCUCAAAUUUGUUCUCGGCCUCCGGGGGGUCAGCUGGUGAUUGGGAGCAUUUAAUCCCUCAUAUGGUGUCACAAGCAGACAGGGCGGUUCUUGAUGCGGAUCCAACUAGGGAGGAGGUGAAACGGGUGGUAUUUGAGAUGGAUGGGGAUAGUGCUGCAGGCCCUGAUGGCUUCACAGGUCAGUUCUUUACUUUCGCUUGGGAUGUUAUUGCACAGGAUGUUUAUAAUGCUGUAUUGAGUUUCUUUUGUGGGGCGGAGCUGCCUCGCUUCGUAACUUUUACAUCCAUUGUUUUAAUUCCCAAGGUGCCAAGCCCCCAGGACUUUUCUAAGUAUAGGCCGAUUAGUUCGUGCAAUUUUUUCAACAAGAUGCUCUCUCGAAUUUUGGCGGAUAGGUUAGCAAGUAUUUUGCCCAAGAUUGUGUCUCCGCAACAGACGGGGUUUGUCAAAGGCAGGAACAUAACAGAGAAUUAUCUUCUUGCUCAGGAGCUUAUGUCAGGGAUUAGGAAGAAGGCUAGGGGGGGAAAUGUAGCGCUAAAACUUGACAUGGCAAAGGCGUAUGAUCGUGUAUCGUGGAUAUUCAUUGUCAGGGUAUUGCGCAAAUUUGGAUUUGGUGAGAGGCUCAUUGACAUGGUUUGGAGGUUAGUGUCGAAUGUUUGGUUCUCCGUCAUCAUUAAUGGGGCAUCUCAUGGUUUUUUCAAAUCGAGUCGUGGGAUCCGUCAGGGAGAUCCGUUGUCACCAGCCUUAUUUGUCAUUGGCGCGGAGGUGUUAUCCCGGGGGCUCAAUAGUCUUGCUGCACAAUCGGGUUUCUUAGGUUUCACGGUACCCAGGGGUUGUCCGUCGGUCACCCACUUGGCUUUUGCGGAUGAUGUGCUUAUUUUUGCUAAUGGUUCUUCUAGCUCUUUGAAGGAGAUUAUGCGGGUAUUGGACAUGUAUCAACUGGCCUCGGAGCAGUUGGUGAGUGCUCAGAAGAGUGGGUACUUAGUGCAUCCGUCGGUGCCGCCCGCCCGGCGGAGGGUAGUUGAGCGGAUUACCGGCUUUUCUAGGCAGCAUUUUCCGGUCCGGUACCUGGGUUUCCCGUUAUACAUUGGUAGGUGCAAAUCCUUGUACUUUGGGGAGGUGUGUCAUGCUAUCUCGGCAAGGAUUCUUUCUUGGCGGUCUAAACUUUUGUCGCCUGGAGGCAGGUUAGUGCUAAUCAAGCAUGUUCUUUCGUCUCUUCCAACUCAUCUUUUGUCUGCUGCAGUUAUUCCAGUGGCGACAUUCAAGAGUAUUGAGCGUCUCUGCGCAAAUUUCUUGUGGGGGUCCUCGACCGAGCAGACUAGGCAUCAUUGGAUUCGGUGGUCUCAUCUUUGUUACCCGGUGAUGGAAGGUGGCGCGGGUUUCCGGCGGGUUAGUGAUGUAUACAAUGCCUUUUCUUGUAAGCUUUGGUGGGGUUUGCAUACAGGGUCAUCUCUAUGGACAACCUUCAUGCGGGCAAAGUAUUGUAAUGGGGUCCAUCCUUGUCAGGUGGUUAGUUCUCGGGCUGCCUCACCAACUUGGAGGCGCAUGAUCAAUGUGAGCCGCCAGGCGGAAUUAUGCAUGGUUUGGUUGCUCAAUGAUGGGACUUGUGAUUUCUGGUAUGAUAAUUGGUUGGGGAGUGGGCCUCUCUUUCUUCGAGCCUUGGUGGUUCUAGGUCUUUCGUUCUCCGAUGUAUUGGUCAAUGGCACCUGGGAUAAUUGUCGGCUAUCACAAAUUCUGCCGCCAUCCAUUGCGAAUGAGGUGAUGCAGACACCGACACUGAGUGGAAGGGGGACAGAUCAAGUGAUCUGGAGGUCGACGCAGUCAGGGCUCUUCACUUUGGCGGCAGCCUUCCAGGAGGUCUGCCAAGGUCGCAACAGGUCACUAGUGUUCUCUCGCAUAUGGCAUCCUCGGAUACCUUUGAGAGUGUCCUUGUUCAUGCUGCGCUUGCUCAUGAGGCGGCUACCUUUGGAUGACGUCUUGAGGGAGAUGGGUUUCCAGUUGGCAUCAAAGUGCUGUUGUUGUGCGCUUGCUACUGGAGAGACACUGGAGCAUGUGUUUUCUGCGGGACAGAUUCCAAUGGAGGUUUGGGCGUAUUUUCAGAACAUAUGUGGUAUUGGUAGGUCGUACGACAGUCUCCGAGCACAUUUAUUUGAGUGGUGGAUGCUUCCUACUCCGAGGGCCAAGCAGAGAUUCGUAUUUGACAUUGUUCCAGUUUUUAUCUGCUGGAACAUUUGGAAGGCAAGGUGUAGAGCGGUUUUUGAGAGGGCUAGAGUACGUGUAAAGGAGCUAUGUGAAGCCGUAUUCCAGGAUGUCAAAUUGGCAUUUGAGGUUCAGUUUAGUUUGGCCGUCCAUGUGAGUGAUUUCUCGCUGUUUUACGAAAGGGUAGCCCAAUCGACUGUGCGGUAUGAGUUUAGAGUUGUUCGAUGGAGGGCAGGGGGUCAAGCAGAUAUGGUGCUCAAUACGGAUGGGUGUUCUAAGGGAAACCCGGGUGCGAGUGGUGGAGGUGGCUUACUUAGAGACUCCGCUGGGCAGUUAUUGGUUGCUUUCUCGGCUUACCUGGGGGAGGCUACUAGUCUUCAUGCUGAAGUGUUGGCCAUGUUCAAGGGUGUUCAACGGCGAUGCCUUUGUCCUUGGUCUGUUAGGAGAGAGGUGGAGCAAAUCUGGCACCUGGUGGAGGGGGUUCAGUUUGAGCAUUGUUACAGAGAGGCGAAUAAGAUUGCUGAUAUAUUAUCCAAUGUAGGGGUUUCUCACCCACAAGAGCAGCUUCGAGUUUACUCUGCUGAGCAGACUCUUCCCUCGGUGGCCCAGGGCGAAUGUCGUUUAAAUAGACUGGGGGUGCCUUCGGUUAGGCGUGUUAGGAUAGGACGUGCAGUUGGGACCUAUGAAUGCUCCUGGAUUUUGAACUACAAGACUUUGGUUGAAAAUUAUACUGAACCUAUGCCGCCUAUGUUACCUUGUACAUUUGAGCUGACAAAGUUCUCUGAUGUACACAAAUAUGCUGAUUUAGAUCAUCUUUAUAUUAAAGGCUUUGUGAUUCAAGCAUUACCAGUGAAACAGGCAGAUCCAGAUUGUUCUUCUAGAGACAUUACAAUAGUGAAUGAAGACUCUGUCAUUCACUACAAGGUAUUCGUCUGGCAUUCUAAUAAAUCCUCCACUACUAGACGACCUCUCUUUCAGGCAAUGGGCUUUGGCAUAGACACUGAACUUAAUGAUAGCUUGAAGAAGUACACAGUGGUCUAUUUUCUGAAAACCUAUGAGUCUCCCUUUCAAGGUCAACUCCAAAGAAAGAAUACUGUUAUUAACACUUACACUGCAGCUGAACUAUCACAUAAUCCACUUCCACUAGCACUUCCAGAAAACAUUGAAGUUUCUUCUGCACUUGGCACUUCAUCAGCAGUGCAUGCAGAAAAAUCAUCAAAGGAUCAAAUAGUCACAUCAACCACAAAGUUGGUACUUGAAGAAAUUGCUGCGGCCAGUUCUUGA